GUCAGCCUCAUAGUCAUCAUCCCGGUGUGCUUCGGUGGAAGGGAGAGCGGUGGUCUGACUGCCGCUGCCGGUGAUUGCACAAGACCCCAGAUCUACCCAGGGAGUCCGUCCGGAGUUGAGGAUCCUGAAGUGUAGCCUGAGGAGCCAGCUGGCUCUCGAGCAGGGGUGUCGGAAACAGGCCUCCGGCGCUGGCCCAGGCAGAGCGGAAGGUACCUUUUUCGGGGCGAGCCGUCAGCCGACCCCCAGUGGCGCCCACGUCCCCGUGCCAGAACCACCAGGGCCCAGGCCUCUCGGACUGACUUCAUCCAAUGGAGCCCCAGAGUGAGAAGCCCGGAGAGGCUGAUGGGGUGCGCGUCACGCGCCAGCUGCUCAAGUCUCGCUCGGGUGAGUUCGCCCUGGAGUCCAUCCUGUUGCUGAAGCUUCGGGGCCUGGGGCUGGUGGACCUGGGCUGCCUGGGGGAGUGCCUGGGGCUCGAGUGGCUGGACCUGUCGGGCAACGCGCUCACCCAGCUGGGCCCGCUGGCCUCCCUGCGCCAGCUGGUGGUGCUCAACGUGGCCGACAACCGGCUGACGGGGCUGGAGCCGCUGGCCGCCUGCGAGAACCUGCAGAGCCUCAACGCCGCGGGCAACCUGCUGGCUGCCCCCGGCCAGCUGCAGUGUCUGGCCAGCCUGCGGGGCCUCGAGUACCUGCGGCUGCAGGACCCUCUGGCCCGGCUCAGCAACCCGCUGUGCACCAGCCCCUCCUACUGGGGGGCCGUCAGAGAGCUGCUGCCCGGCCUGAAGGUCCUCGAUGGCGAGCGUGUGACCGGGCGGGGCAGUGAGUUCUACCAGCUGUGCCGGGACCUGGACAGCUCCCUGCGCCCCGGCUCCAGCCCCGGCCCCAGAGCCACGGAGGCCCAGCCCUGGGUAGAGCCGGGCUACUGGGAGUCGUGGCCCACCCGGAGCAGCUCUAUCCUGGAGGAGGCCUGCCGGCAGUUCCAGGACACCCUACAGGAGUGCCACGACCUGGACCGCCAGGCCAACGACAGCCUGGCCCAGGCUGAGCACGCGCUCAGCCCUGCCGGCACCACCUCGUCCUUUGUGUUUUGAGUGUGCCGUGGCCUGUGACAGCUGGGCACACUGUGGCCUGGCUGUCCGAGUCUGCUC